UUCGUAAUUAAAUAGGGUAGAAUUGUAAAUUCAGGAGGCUGAACUGAACGAAGAGACAGUUCACUGGAUAAGACUCCGGGUACAGACUGCUCUUCUCGUUGCCAAAUAUUCCGACGGGAUGGCAAUCGCCAUCUUCACCGCGCAUGUUAGCACCAGUGGCUUAAAUUCCCGGCUCCUCCGUUCUCCGCCGCAACGAACCUUGUCUCCGGCAAGAUGUCACCGUAAUUUUAGCUUGAGUUGCGCGUUAUUCCCGGAGAAAAGGCGGGAAAGCAGACGACUGGUCAACUUAGCCCUCGGAGUCUUGCUUCAAUGGCUCGUUGUACCUCAAGAUGCAGUAGGAGGUAGCCCUUUUGACAAGUAUGUUAAAAGGAAACAGCUUGAUCCACUGGAAGCUUAUGUACCAGCUGUGCUUCUGGCUGGGGUGCAGAUUAAGGAAUUAGAAAAAUCUUUAGAGGUUGAUGAGCCUGAAUAUGGUGAUUGCCGGAAUAUAUUGCGUUCUGGUCCUGCUUCAUCUCUUCGUGUCAAUAUUCGAGCAGUAGCACAAUACGCAGCUGAUGGUGGCAAUGGUAAAUCAGCUUUCAGUGAUGUUGAUCAAUGUCUAAGUGCGUUGGAAGGACUUGACUCGUUGCUUUUGCGUGCAUCAAGAAAGGAUCCAGGGGCCUCGAUUGACUCCAUGAAGACACAAAUUGUUACAGCCCUAAAUGCAUUGGACAGUCUUCUUAAAAAUGUCCCAGCUGACGUGCUUGAGAAAGGAAAGUCUGUAGCUGAUUCGUAUUUUUUUGCUCGUGAGGAAGAUGUAGCACCGGAGAAACUGGACCCUGAUGUGAAGCAACUGGAAUCUAUAUUGUAAAUACGGACUGUUUCAUCCUUUCAAAGUUUUUGUAUUGCUUAUGAGUUGAUGGGCAGAGGGUUGCUCUUAGUCUCUUAAUUGAUUAAGAUGCAAGUCAUCCAAAGUAUGUAGCUCUUGUAUUUUGUUUUGUUCUGUCCCAAUGUAUAGCUCUAAAUUUAUAGCAAGAGUUAACUCUGGAUUACCCAUCAACAUGGACGAAUGAACAUAACACAUUCGUUUAGUUUGGAAAACCGAUGCUAUUGAAUGAAAAAAUAAAUAAAUUCCUCUUUAGCA